AUGUGGCAUCUCUCACGCAUGGGCCUGAGUGUGCAAUGCAUCGACAGUGCAGACGAUGUAGGCGGUACGUGGUACUUCAACAGGUACCCCGGCGCCAUGAGUGACACGGAAAGCUACCUGUUUAGAUACUCGUGGGAUAAGGAAGGCCUUCAAACCUAUCCGUGGUCGUCACGCUAUCUCUCUCAGCCCGAGAUCUUAGAGUACCUUCGACACGCUGUCAAGAAACAUGACCUACUGGCGUUUGGCGUCGAAAUGAUAUCGGCCACGCCUUUUCCGCCCGCUACCUGGCGAACUGCCUCGGGGUGGCUUUCCAAACCAAACUAUCCAGAGAUCCCGGGCUUGAGUACGUUCAAAGGCCAAGCGGUACACAUAGCCCAAUGGGACAACACCGUUCGACUCGAGGGCAAGAGCGUCGGUAUCGUUGGAAAUGGUUCGACUGGUAUCCAGGUCAUGACCGCCAUAGCCCAGGUCGUCGGCAAGCUUCAAUCCUUUCAACGCCACCCACAGUACCCGGUCCCUAGUGGCCAGGGUCCCGUCUCGGCCGGUGAGCGCGAACAGAUCAACAGGAACUACGAUGGCACAUGGAACGGCGAGUGGACCUCAGCGGUCGGGUUCGGUGCCCCCGAGGUCGGCCGCAUGACGAUGGAGGCCAUUCCAGAAGAGCGCGAAGCGGCCUUUCAGAAAGUAAGGGAGCAGGGCAACGGCCUCCGUUUCAUGUUCAGUGCAUUCGGGGACCUUGUCUCCGACGAAGCCGCCAACGAGGAAGCUUGCAAGUUCAGCCGCGGGAAAAUCGUUUCUAUCGUGAAAGACCCGCGAAGGGCAGACAUUCUCAAGCCGCGCGAUCUCUACGCCCGUCGAUCCUUGUGUGACACUGGAUACUGUCAGAUUUUCAAUCGCGACAACGUCGACGUCGUCGACCCAAGGGCGAAUCGCAUCGCGAGGAUAGUCGACCAAGGCAGCGAACUCUCAGAUGGAAGCACACACGAGCUGGAUGUGCUCAUAUUUGCCACGGGAUUUGACGCAAUCGAGGGAACUAUCUCCGCGUAA